UGCCUGUCAUCUGCCGCCAUGUCCCAAUCCGACAGUCCCAUUGCAAGAUUCUUUGCUCCUCCCCCGGAGUCUGCUACGAAACUUGGGCGCCACCGCCAACUUGCGCCUCUCGCCGGCAUCCAUGUCUCUCCCAUCUGCCUCGGCGCUGGGAGCCUCGGGGACAAGUGGGGUGACCUCGGCCUCGCGCCUAUGGACAAGGAGAAAUGUUUCGAGCUACUGGACGCCUUCUACGCAGCAGGAGGCAACUUCAUUGAUACCGCGAACAACUAUCAGGACGAGAUGUCCGAGAAAGUGCUUGGCGAGUGGAUGGAGACACGUGGGAUUAGGGACCAGAUGGUGCUUGCGACCAAGUAUACGACCAAUUACAAGCGUGGUGUGAAUAUGCCGCAGAAGACGCAUUACACAGGCAAUAACGUCAAGUCCCUUCAUCUCUCUAUCGAGGCAUCCCUCAAGAAGUUGCGAACGAGCUAUGUAGACAUCCUCUACGUGCACUGGUGGGACUGGACUUGCGGAGUCGAAGAGGUGAUGAACGCCUUGCACAAUCUCGUGGUCACGGGCAAAGUGCUGUACUUGGGAAUCUCCGACACGCCUGCAUGGGUCGUUGCUGAAGCAAACACAUAUGCGCGCCUGAUGGGAAAGACUCCCUUCGUCGUCUACCAGGGCGCUUGGAGCAUUCUGCAACGAGAUUUCGAGCGGGAGAUCAUCCCUAUGUGCCGUGCCCAGGGUAUGGCUCUUGCACCCUGGAAUGUCCUAGCUGCAGGCAAGAUCCGCUCAGACGAAGAAGAAGAGAGGCGGCUGAAGAGCGGGGAGAAGGGUCGAGCGGGGUUCACCAAUGAUUGGAUGCGCAAUCCGGAUGAGAGGAAAGUCUGCCAGGCGCUUGAGAAGGUGGCUGCGGAUGUAGGCGCGAAGAGCGUAACGGCAGUCGCGAUCGCCUACGUGAUGCAGAAGACGCCAUACGUGUUCCCCAUCGUCGGUGGCCGCAAGAUUGAGCACCUUAUGGACAACAUCCAGGCGCUCGAGAUCGCACUCAGCCCCGAGCAGGUCGCGUACCUCGAAGGCAUACUGCCGUUUGAUCUUGGAUUCCCCUGCAGCCUUAUUGGUGACGGAACGGACUAUCCGGGUUCGUUCCGGUCGGCAGGUCACUUCGACAGAUGGCCGCUUCCGCAAGCUAUCCGUCCGGUGAGGCAGAAUUGAGAAUAUCAGUCGGGUCUUCGAGUCGGAUCACUCGUAGUAUAGCUGUACACACUGAUGCGGUUUGGUACUGAUUAUGAAUGGGUGCCAUGAACACA